UUACCGGCCGGGAUUCGGGUGAACGUGGAACAGAAUUCACUUGGAGGGUCUCCAGCAGAACCGAAAUCUGAAGUCCGUUGCCUGAGCGAGGGGCUAGGCUGGGACUCGGGAGAAGAAGGCGCGGCGGGGCUGUCGACGCCGCAAAGUGAAGGUGGUGAAAGCUCCAAACUAAAAUGAUACCGAAAUGGCCACAGAAAACGACUUUCUGAGACAUCGAAAUCAACAACUGUGUGAAGUUCUUAGACAGUAUCAAAUGGAAAAUUUUUCUAAAUAUUCAUCGGUGCAGAAAGCUGGCUUCAAAGGAGAUGGAGAUGACACAUUAGAAAACACAAUAGUUGAUCAAAGCUUUUUAGCUCCUCUUAUUAUUGAGUAUGAGAAGCAUCUGGAAGAGCUAACUGGGCAGCUGAAGUAUUAUCAGAAGCAGAUGGGCGAGAUGAAACUACAACUUGAAAAUGUCGUCAAGGAAAAUGAAAGGUUGCACAGCGAAUUAAAAGAUGCUGUUGAAAAGCAACUGGAGACCCUUCCCUUUGGCAUAGACAUGGGAAAUGAUAUAUAUACAGAUGAUGAAACAGUCACCAAUCUACGAGAACAAUUACAACUGGCCAAUCAAGAAAAAACUCAGGCUGUGGAACUCUGGCAGACUGUUUCUCAGGAGUUGGACAGACUUCAGAGACUUUACCAGGAACAUAUGACUGAGGCCCAGGUUCAUGUAGUUGAAAGUCAAAAACAAAAGGAUCAAUUGACCAAUUUUCAAAAACUGACCAAGCAACUUCAUGUAACUAAUGAGAACAUAGAAAUGACUAACCAACACUUCCUGAAAACAGUAACUGAACAAAGUGUGGAAAUCGAGCAACUUCGAAAACAACUUAGGGAAGCCAAGUUAGAUCUGAGAGUUGCAGCAGCAAAAGUGGAAGAGUUAACUAACGCGACUGAAGAUCUUCAAGGACAAAUGCGAAAGAAGGAGGAGGAUAUGUUGUCUGCCCAAGGAAGAGAGGAAGCAUCAGAUAGGCGUUUACAGCAGUUACAAUCUAGUAUAAAACAAUUAGAAACAAGACUCUGUGUAGCAAUCCAAGAAGCCACCCAAUUAAGAGCACAAAAAACACAUUUGGAAAAACAGACCAGAGAAUUACAAGCAAAGUGCAAUGAAUUAGAAAAUGAACAAUAUGAAGCUAUUGUAAGAGCCAGAAAUAGCAUGCGGCUCUUAGAAGAAGCUAACCUUCAAAAAAAUCAGGCUCUACUUGAGGAGAAGCAAAAAGAAAAAGAUAUAGAAAAAAUGAAAGAAACGAUCUCUCGGCUUCUGCAAGAUGCUGCCAUAAGAACCAGGAAGGAAGUUGCAAGCACAAGAAAACAGUGUAAUAUACAGAUUUCUCGACUAACAGAAGAACUUUCAGCCCUUCAAAUGGAGUGUGCUGAAAAACAAAGCCAAAUUGAACGAGCCAUUAGGGAGAAAAAAGCAAUGGAAGAAGAACUAGAAAAGAUUUACCGUGAAGGCAGAGUAAAUGAAGGAGAUUACAGAAAACUAGAAGAAAUGCACCAAAGAUGCCUGGUUGCAGAGCGUUCAAAAGAUGAUCUUCAGCUAAGACUUAAGACAGCAGAAAAUAAAAUAAAACAACUUGAAAUAAAUUCCUCAGAAGAGAUAUCACGUUGCCAAGAAAUGAUUCAGAAACUUCAAAACGUAUUGGAGUCUGAGAGAGAGAACUGUGGAUUUGUCAGUGAACAAAGGCUGAAACUUCAGCAAGAAAAUGAACAGUUACAGAAAGAGACUGAGGAUUUAAGAAAGAUUGCUCUCGAGGCUCAAAAAAAAGCCAAAUUAAAGAUCAGUACAAUGGAACAUGAAUUUUCAAUAAGGGAACAUGGAUUUGAAGUUCAACUGAGAGAGCUGGAAGACAGUAAUCGAAAUUCCACUGUUGAACUGAGGCAUCUCGUAGUGACUCAACAGAAGGCGGCCAAUAGGUGGAAAGAAGAAACAAAGAAACUUACUGAAAGUGCAGAAAUUAGAAUCAGUAAUUUAAAGGUCACAGUGAUCAAACUAGCAAAUCCCAAAGAUCUCUGCAGAUCAUACUCUCCUGAUAACUACUUCAGCUCUGCUGCCCAUUCUAGUAAUGAUGACCACAUUUUCUUUGGAGAUUUAAGGCUGCUACAUCACCCUUGUCAUCAAGAAUCCUAUCAUCAGCAUUGAAUUCAGGAAGCCCAGUUCCAUGGUAGCGGUUGUCAUUUCUGUUCCACAGUGAAUAACCACUACAGAGCUCUGCAGGGAUACUGGAGCAACUCUCAUGACCGUAUUUCACAGUCUUUCUGGAGAAAAUAUCCUCUGGAUCCUCCUGAGGGGUCAGAGUUGAAGGAUGCAUGAGCUGCUUUUACAUAAAAAAAUAAAAAAUAAAAAUAAAAAAACCUCACCGUUGUCUUCCAAUCUCCCCCCAGCCUUUGGUAACUUCCUCUACACUAUUGAUUCUCAAAUGGGGAUUACUUUAUGCUUCUCCCCUCCCUGGUACAUUUGUCUUGAAAAUAUCCAAAGACAUGUAGGGAUGAUUCUGGAUCUAGUGUACAGAGGCCAGGGAUGCUGCUAAACAUCCUGUAAUGCAUAGCAUAGCCCCUCACAACAAAGGAUUUUUCAGCCAAAGAUGUCAGAAGUGCCAAAGGUGACAAACCUUGCUUUACACCAUAACAAGUAAUUUCUUACAUUUCAAUAUCAUUCAGUAUAGGUUACCCUUAAACCCAGAUUUUGUUCAACUAACCAAACAAAUCAAGAUACUUGAGCUAACACACUGAAUCCAGAAUAUCUGCUUUGUAAGCCCACAUUGAAAAAUUUGGCCUAAUCUGUUACUUCUUCCACUGUAAUACAGCACCUUUAGGAUCCAUUAACGCACAUAUUGCCCAGGUUCUGUUUACAUACAAUUGGCAGAAUCGUGUAAUGAUUUUAGGGUAUUCUGCCUCCUUAUAGGUCUUGUUUUGUAGGUCAUUCCGUAGAGCCUAUCAAACUUGACUAAGGCUGUAGAUAUAGAAGUAGUGAAUGAAUGAAUGAAUGAUGCUGAGGUAAAUCCUGAAGGGAAUCACCUAUUCCUUGUAAAGCAACUCCCUCAGAGGAGACUGUUACAAACUCUUUAGGCAGAGAAUAUACUUACCUUUCCAAAUAGUGUGGAAGGACUGCUUCUACUGGCAAAGGAGGCACGGUGGAAUUUAGGGAUUCAAGGCCCCAGCUUCAUUGAAGUCUGUCUGAACACAUGUUCCCAUCUCAAUUUUCAGGGAAGGAGAGACCCUGCAAGUUUAGGAAUUCAGUUUGUGUUAUAAUUUAGCCACAUACAGGAUUAGACUUUGCAUUUGAUUAUCAAAAAUCUUGGCUUUGCAACCAGAGGAGAUAGGGUUUCUUUUAAGGUAGUCAUGAUAGCUUUCAAGUCCCUAACCUGGACAUUGAGCUCAGAAUUUAAAACUCUGAGCUAUUUAUUGUGAUCCUCAAAGUUGUCCAGUGUACCUAGAAGUCCCAUUAUGCUCCUCAUUCAAUAGUGUUUUGUGUCCUUAACUACUUGGUCACUCAAAAACUUAUCCUUUAUAGGCGCAUAUAUAGGUGAUAAUUUAAGUAACUGUUUUGCCAUUGCAUAGCAUGGAUUACGAGUGUACUCUUUACCAGUGGCCUUUAAAUCUAAUCAAAGCAGAGAACCAAUUCCGGAUAAUCCAGAACCAGUUAGAGUACUCAUUCCUGAGGUUAUAUUCCUCUGGGACUACUUCUGGAAUUGAAACCAAUUUCUAUAUGUAUCAGUUUAUUCAGAAAAACAGAGCUACUCUGAGUCAUAUAGAAUAUGGGAUUUAUUUUGGGAAUUAGGUCUGACACAGUUGUAGGAACUGGUAGAGAAGUCAGUGCAGUGCAGUUGUCUCUGCAUCUGGUAUUAAGCCUAAAGUCACUAUGGGCCGCCUUAGCUUGAAGUCGUGAAGAAAACCUGGAUAUGAAUGAAGGCAACUCUAAGGACAAACUGGAACCCUGUUUUCAUUUAUAUCUCAUCAUCUCCAACACUGCCAUAGAUGACCUGCAGGGAAAGCUGACGCCUUUUACCAUUGCAUCUGCACAUGACUCAAGAGGCUGAGAUAGGACAUCUGCCAAGGGGCAGAAGAUGGAAUUGCUAUGGACCCAAGUAGAGCUCCACACCAACAUAGUGACCUAACAUAUUAGCAACAAUGUGUAUGAGUUGCCGCAGUGCCAGGGGACCUGCCAGCCUUCAGAGCCUGCUGCACAAAUUUGUUUUAUGAUCAACACCAACCCAGGACCAGGCAGGGAAGGGAAUGCUGGGAAAUGUAGUUCCAGCUUAGCUAAGUUGAUGUAGUCCAAAGCUGCCACCAUCUGUUUGUCAUAACUUAAUUAAAUGACGUUGAGCAGUUCACAAUGUUUACAUAAGGAAAUAGGAAACCAUAUAAUAUAAAAUAGACUUAAAUGAACAUCAGUCUAAAGAUUUCAUUUAUGAUAGCUAUAACUUGUUGAAUAUAUACUGUUUGCCACUUUACAAACUCAUAUAAUGAUCACAAAAACUUUAUGAAGUAAAUGCUGUAAUAUUCCCUGUAUUAGGGUUCUCCAGAGAAACAGAACUAAUAGGGUGUGGGUGUGUGUGGGUGUGUGUGUGUCUGUGUCUGUGUCUGUGUGUGUCUGUGUAUGUAAGUGUAAAAAGGUUUAUUUUAAGGAAUUGGCUCAUGUGCUUGUGGAGCUUAGCAAGUUUAAAGUUUUUCUGAGGGAGAAAACUGACAAGCUAGAGACUCAAGAAGGAGUUGCAGUUUGAGUCCAAAUACAUUCAGGCUGGAGACCUGAAGAGCCAUUGUUACUGUUCAAGUUCAAAGACCAUCUCUUGCAGAAUUCCCUCUUGCUUGGGAGAAGUAAGCUUUUUGUUCUCUUAGGCCAUCAACUAAUUGUAUGAGGUCCACCCACAUUAUGGAAGGCAUUCUACUUUACUCAAAGUCCAGUGAUUUAAAUGUAAAUCUCAUCUAAAACAUUCUUACAGAAACAUCCAGAGUAAUGCUUGAUUAAACAUCUGGGCACCAUGGCCCAGACAAGUUGACACAUAAAAUUAACCAUCACACUCUCCAUUUUACACAUGAGGAAACUCUAGACUUUAAAAAAUUUAUAAAGAUUCGUAAUCCAUUAUCUGCAAUUUUGGAUUUGAAAAAACUCUGAAAAUAGAAUUUUCCUAAGUUAGCUGCCUACGCUUUGGUGGCAAACCUGACUUGAACUGACAGGAGGCUGUUUACGGUAUAAGUUAUUUAUGUGUGCACACAUACCCAUAUACACAUAUAUACACAUACACACAAACAUUUCAUUUAUUGUGCCUAUUCGUAUGUUUUACUGAGAAAUAUUUCUGACUGUUGUAAUCUCUAUCCUACUCUAAACCUCUAAAAUAUUUUCUUGGAUGUCUUAGGCUUUGCUAUAUUGUAUAUGUAAUUUGCACACACCAACUAAUUACUCCCAGUAGAUUAUUGAUAGUGAAUGUGUUUUAUUUUAGUUUGUAUUCUCUGAAGUAUCAAGCAAAGUACUUUGCCAAAAGGAAGCACAUAGAAUGUAGAAUGUAAUUGCCUGGAGUCUGUCAAAAUAGUUUUUACACAACCCUAUCUAUAGCUUUCAUCUGGGCUAGAAAGCUUGUUAAGGCCCUUUACAACUUGUGACUUCAGGAAUAGUACUUGAUUUUUUGAAAAAUAAUUCACCCAAGUUGUAUACUCAUUUUAUUAUCAAGGAAUUUUUACAUGAUUCCCUGGAGUUGUGCCACUAUUACAUAGGAGUGUGAGUUGUAAGAUCAUCCAUAUUUUUUGGUAGGAUAUUUUAUUAGUUCAGGAAGAUCAAAGAACAUCUUCAGAAAUUAUCGAUAUCCUAGACUUUAAGUUUUAUAGAUAUUAGAUUCUGUACAUUGAUAUUUUAAUAUAUAGGAUUAAAUAUUUUUACCAAUAAAACACCUUAAUUUAUGCAACAGAUGUCCUAUAAAUCAAAUUCUUACAUCUGAAAUCAUCUUAAAUGCUCUGAUUCAUGCUUUUAAAAUAACCUGUAAAGUAAGUGCUCUGGGAAGGAAAAUUUGUAUAGUUGUUUUCAAUUAUAGACAAAUCAGUGAUUCUCAAGAAUUAUUUUUCCUCCAAAAUAUAAACUGAGGCAGAGUACAAAAUAGAGAUGUCCCCACAUGUGGUACACACAAAAGAUCAAAACAGAGUGAAGAUGAAAAAAAAAGAGUAGACUUGAAUCACCUUAGAGGAAGAUGGAGAACAUACUGGUGACAUUAAACCAGAUGGGCUAUAAUCAUAAAAAGAAAUUGAGUGAAAUACUUUUUUAGUGAAAAUAUGCAAAGUAAAUCUGAAAACAUGAAACUUUGGUAGCUGUGGUGUGGGGUUUUUUUGCAGCUGUCAAUUAGCUUUGUUUUAAGUUUUUAUUUUAAUUCCUGUUCAUU